AUGAAGGUCCUCCUGACAGGGAGCGCCUCAUCCAUCUCUGUCUGCACGCUGUCAGAUGACAAGGCAGCGCUGGCCGGCAUCCUCCUAGAAUGUGCCACAGAGGGCAGAAAGCAGGCUGGGAGCUUUGGCCACAUCAGCUUCUCUUCGGCAUCUGGAGGGGUUGGGAGCAGCGGCCUGGGUUUGCUGCUCUUGGCAAGCACACCCAUCAGGAGUGUGGCUGUGGAUGCUGGAGUGACAGGCCAGAAACUCAACUCCUGUGUUUAUUCACCAAACACAGAGCCAGCCCUCUGCACUCUCCUCUGCCAUCCAGAACCAUUGCCAUCUCAGGGGAAGAGGGCUUUCCAACCCACUCCCAGGCUCUGCAUACCUGGCAGACUCACUAUCCCAAGACUGGCCACAAGGAGGAGCCCAGCCUGGCCCCGCAGCAAGAAAAGAGUCUGGUUAGACACAAGGAAGAACUUUCUGCUGCUGAGGGAUGUUCAGAAAGGAGGUGAAUUUCAAAUCCUGGUGAGAAAACUGAAAGUCACUGAACAAGACCCAGACUUGCAGCAAUUAGCUCAUUUCCACGCUUCUUUCGGAACCAAGGCAACAGCAGCUUUCCUCAUCUGGGCUCAGCCAAGGUGUUCCAUCAGUGAAAACAUGAACCCAAUCUGCAGAGUGUCUGGCAGGCUGACUGGGUGAACAGGGAACUGGGAGAUCCUGUGCAAGAGCAGUGCCAGAGGAAAGAUGCAGGAGGAAGAUAGGCCCAUGUUUAAGCAACCGCUAAACAGAUCCUGUAAGUGCGUGAAUAAAAAGCAGGAGUCUUCAUAUUCAAACUGUUUGUCUCUGGCUAGUCCUUUUACAGUGUUAGACAAUUCCACUAAGAAGUGAAGACUUUCUAAAGUACCAGAGUGACUCGGGCAGGCUGUUUUGCUUUUGUUUCAUUUAUAAAUGCUGUCAUAGAAUCCUGGGUGUUACUCCUCAGCUAAUAUCUGAUCUUUAACCCCACCCACCCCAGUGUCCUGUGCUGUCCCCUUUGGAGAUCUACAGCAGGUUAAUGGCAUCCACAUCUUUCCAAAUGCCAAUGCAGACAUGAUCAACUCAUUUCUGAACCAUCAUCAUCAACCUGGCCACCAUCACCCUGUUGUAGAAGUUUUCUGACUGCAUAAUUCCUGAGACUUGUUAUUAAAGUUCUCACUGAAUUGUAACCUUGCCUUAUCCUCACAAAAAUAUAUGAUUUGAUUGUUAUUUAUCUACAAGGUACAUUCCUUUGACUAAUUUUUCCAUGUGGCCUGUAUUUCAGGCUCUGUCCCAUCAUCACAAAAUUCUGCCUUAAGGUGAAAUCUAGAUAUUUCAGAAACUCCUGCCCACAGGCAGUAGAGGGUUGGGUUGCCACAGUGAUCAUCAUAAAUUUGAAGGUCAUACCCUAAGGGUAUGGAGGUUGUGCAUGGGAUAACUGGAAUAAACUCAAUAUCUUAUGGCAUCAAAAGAAUGUACCUGACAUUAUGACAUUUGGAUAAUGACAGUAUCAAGCACCCUUCCCCUGAUGGUUUCUCCCUUAAAAAAUGUAGUCCAAUCUUUGUAAUGUAUAAAACCACCUGUUGUUUUGUCUGAACAAUGUCAUGUAAUGCAUAAGUUUUACAAAUACAUACUCCUUGAAGCUUGGGCUGAGGGGCAUACACUGGACACUGUCCUGGAUAAAGAUGUCAUAUGUGUGUGUUCCCACCUGACCUCUUCUGAUCUACUGCAUGGUGACUCACUGUGGUUAUUCUCUCCACCCUGGGACCCAUCCAAUCUCAGGGCCCUGGCAACUGGCUAUGGUUCUCCACUGGAGAAUUCUCUAUAUCACCCCAAGACUGAUAACGAUCAAAAGCUGUUAAUUCCCAGCAAAUGAUCUAAUCCACAUGUUGUUCAGUGUGUGUAAACCCUAACCCAGGAGGAUCAUAAAAUA